CUUGUCGCGAAGAAGGGAACCCUCACGUGUGCUCAACCAGCACAUUAGGGGUUCAGUUGUUUCUCUGAUCAAGCGCUCGGCGUUACCCUGUUGCCAAUAUCAAGCUGGUUCGGAAAGAUGAACCCUGUAUCGACCAAGACGUAUUAUUUUGCCUUCUUGAUUGUCGGAGAAAUACCGAAGAGGCAUCUUCCCACUACUGAUCGUGUAGUCGCAAGGCUCCUGGUGGAAAUGUGGAUAAAAGGGAAGGCAGCUUCAACACACUAGAAUAUCUCUGACGCACCAGUUUUCUCCUUCAACAAUUGUUAUUAUAUAUCGCUCUCCAAUCAUCCGCUCCAUCAUCCCCGUACAACAUCCGCUGUAUAAAAAAAGUAUACUCCCUCACCGUUCCGCUCUCAGAAUCUCCUUCGACAUCAUGAACCUUAUCAAAUUAACAUGCUUCGCGUUGGCUGUUGUUUUCAAAUUUGAAACCGUCGAAUCGAAAGAUUGUGGCGGUGCACCCCGUUGGGAACAUGCUUGUCUUUUCGAACAUUAUACCGAUAAACAACGACAAAAAGUUUACCGAGCUGAGGGUGUACGCUGUAGGAGGGAUGAGAUCGAUGUCUGUUGUCCUCCGACCGCCAAGCUAGUGGAUCUUAAAUUCAUCUUGGCGGAAGAGGCGUGGAGGCGGAAAUGCCACACCAACGUCAUCGCAGAUUGAUCAGCAAGUCCUACCCAUGUGGGGCUCAGUGGCCAACAAAGCUCCGCCAACCGUAGGGAGACACUCGUCGACUAUGAUGAAGCUCGAAUUACUUCUUUGAAAACGAACCGCAAUUCUUUCAAAAUACUAUACAUGAGUCACACAGCCUGUGUUAGUUUCACCCAAGGGGAAAGAUGCGUGUACAUAAAUGCUGUUUUUCUUUUCCCCUUUUCCUUGAUAAAAAUCCCUCAUUGUUUUCUUUCAAUGCCAAGAAAACUGUUUAUUUUUUUUCGUCCCGUUUGAC